UCUUACUUUGAGUGAGCAAAGCACUAUGAGUAAAUUUAGUGUCGGUAGAGAGUAGACCACACUCCCAUUAAAACACAGAACCCAGCCAUGGCCGCAUCACUAUUUCCCCUCCUCGUAUUGGCAAGAAUUUCAGGUCUCACAGUCGCUGCUCUCGUCAUUUCUUGGGCCCUUCUUUACAAAUCCAGCUUCCUCCCUCACUCUUCCUCUCCACAAGACCUCGUUUACGCAGUUCUUCAUCCCUUGCUCAUGGUCAUUGGUUUUAUACUCAUCAGUGGAGAAGCAAUUUUGGUACACAGAUGGCUACCUGGCUCGGGAAACUUGAAGAAAUCAGUGCAUUUGUGUCUGCAAGGAGUGGCUUUGGGGUGUGGGAUAUUUGGAGUAUGGACCAAGUUUCAAGGCAGAGAUGGGAUUGUCGCUAAUUUCUUUAGUUUGCAUUCUUGGAUGGGUUUGGUCUGCAUUUCCUUGUUCGGAGCUCAGUGGUUGCUGGGAUUCUUGAAUUUCUGGCACAGAGGCGAGGCUCGGACAGUGAGGAUGAAGGUAUUGCCAUGGCAUAUAUUUGUUGGUCUGUACACAUACGGAUUAGCAGUGGCGACAGCAGAAACAGGACUACUAGAAAAAUUGACAUUCUUGCAAACAAAUAGAAAUGUAUCUAAAAGAUCAACAGAAACUAUAGUUGUGAAUAGUUUAGGAUUAGGAUUAGCUUUGCUUAGCGGCAUUGUAACUUUUGUCGCAGUUUUUCCUAAGCGCCAUAGUAAGAUAAUGUACUCUGAAUCAGAUACCAAGUUCUUGUCUUCCUAAGACAAACACUUGUGACAUUAUCUACUUUGAUGAGUUUGUGUUGUACAUAGUCUUCUCCCCCUUUUUAUUUGUUUUGAAGGGAAGGUAAUGUAAAUGUUGGAGUUAAUUUUAUAUCCAUUGAUAAAAUUGUAGAUGUUUGUA